CCUCAUGUUUGCGUGGUUUGGUACUUUGGUUCAUUUCUCAAACUUUAUAAGAAAGAAUUGAAGAAGACUCUGUUCUUAAGAAUUCCGAUCACGAGGCGGCUGGAGAGCAGUUGCAUAUACAAACCACAAAGGAGUUGUACUUGUUACAUCUUUGUAUUAUUAUGGGAUUUAAGGAGUUCAUGGGUGAGAAGCUGUCCUUCCUAGACCACUAUGCCAAGUUCGUCAACCGUGACAAGCCUCUUCCUUCUUGGUCUGGUGCUGAUGUUGAAGCCUUUAUUGCUACUGAUUUGGUUCAUGGCCCCGCGCUGAAGACUGCCAGGGAAGCAGCGAAGUUUUCUGCUACAGGAAGUCUUGUUGGAGCUGUAUCAAGUGCUGGAUUUGCAUGGAAAUACUCAAAGAGUUUGCAUGGUUCUGGACUGGCCUUUGUGUUUGGAGGUCUUGUUGGUUGGACAUUCGGACAGGAAAUUGCAAACCAUUCGCUUCAAAUGUACAAGCUCGACACCUUGGCUGCACAAACUAAAUUCCUGGAAUGGUGGGAAGACAAAAGUGAGCGACGGUCUUAAAACGUAGCUGGCUUUUGCAAAUGAAUAACCAAGUUUCAUUUCUACAAUAAGUCAAGAUAGUGGUAAAAGAUUCCAAGGAAAGUUUCCCAUUUUAUUAUGUUGAACUCUGUAGGGGCUGAGAGCCCAGAUUGUAUCAAUUGGUGCUUUGUGGUUUGGAUGUUAGUUUCAGUCUUGAAUUUUUUUGAUGCUUUUAUUGAAAUGAGCUUAUGGAACUGGAAGACUUUGAAAUAUUUUAACAUCCUUGUAUCAUAAAUUCAUAAUUGUGUGUUCAA